GACGUCAGUGUGACUGGUCUCAACAGUGGAGUCAACAUGGCGGCGGUGGAUGUCAUUGUGGAUAACUUGGUGACUCUCUGGAGGAUUCCGGCCGUCAGACUCAACUUCCCCUGGAUAUUUCUACUCAUAGCGGCCGUGGGGUCGAUCCUGAAGGAGCUGGAGCUCGUCCCGCAGACGUAUUUCAGCAGCAACAGGAACGCCCUGAAUGUGUAUUUUGUCAAAGUGUCCUGGGGUUGGACGCUGCUGCUGCUGACCCCCUUCGUCCUCCUCUCCAACUCCUCCUUCAGCCGUAGCGUGUCCUUCCUCAGCCGCCGGCUGCUGUCUCUGGUGGUGGCGACGGCCAUCUGGUACGUCUGCACCGAGACCUUCUUCUACAUCGAGAACGCCACCGGCUCGUGUUUUGAAACCGGCAGCGUGGAUGUCAUGAAUGAGGUGUUUGCAACCAAAGCCAGCUGCAGGCGGGCCGGCUUCCGCUGGCAAGGCUAUGACAUCUCGGGACACUCCUUCAUCCUGGCCUACUCUGCUCUCCUCAUCGUGGAGGAAACGGCGCCGAUGGCCUCCCUGAAGACAGCCAGUCUCUCCGCGCUGCCCAGGCAGGUCCUCAACCUACUGUACGUGGCCUUGAAUCUGAUAGUGAUCGUUUGGGUGUGGAUGUUUGCCUGCACCUCUGUUUACUUCCACGACCCGUCUCACAAGUUGUUAGGGACCAUAUGCGGCCUGUUGGGGUGGUAUCUGACAUAUCGGGUGUGGUAUCUAAAACCUUUGUCACCGGGACUUCCCCCUCAGCGCCACCCGAAAGAACAGAAACAACACGCCUAAAGCUGCCAUCAUACUUUCCUGUACAACGUAGUUGCUAACGUCACAGCCAUCCUCCAAACAACGCACCACACUUGAUGUUAUCUGUCUCCGGGUCCAAGCCGACCAUUCUAUUUUAAGCUAUUUUAAGUUAUUCCCUCCGCACAAAGGUCGAUGUGUACAGGAUGGUGUUUGGCAGCUGCUGUUCCCAAAAUGACUCUUGGUAAUCUGAGAUAAAAGCAAGACGCUGCUCUGCUGCCCAGCUUUAGCCUCUCACCUCCAGCUUCUGAGGCUCGCAUGCUACGCCGUCAUUUGUUGCCUUAUAAUUUUUUACUCUUGGAUGAGUAACCACAGUUUUUAGAUGUCUGAGUAGGAACACUUGAGAAUGUUUACAGAUCCAGUUGCAUAGCACUGAUGACAUGGAUUUUUAUAGACCAAUGUAACGAAGCUAUACAUUGUUUUUUAUAGGAAACUAACUGCACAACAAAGUCAGAUCAGACACUGUAACUACAGUGGGCCAAAAUGAUUUACUGAUUUAAAUGAGCUGCCACAUAUGUGUGUGUCAACACUAUAUAUAAAGUUUGCUUAGAAGAUGUAGAGCUUGAAUAGCAUGUAUAAGGACAAUUUUAAUGGCUCAUCGUACAUUGACUGUAGUUGUAAGCCAGCCCUGCAAGUGCAAAUUAUUAUUAAAAUGCUUUAAAUGUUUAGGCUGGAAAUUUAAACAGUUAUUUUCAUCAUUGAUUAAUCUGCACAUUAUUUUCAAAUUGUCAAAAAAGACCAUCACAAUUUGUCUUCAGAUGUUGUGUUAUGUCCCCAAGCAAUAGUCCAAAACCCAAAUAUAUUAAAUUUACUUUCAUGUAGGACAAAGAAAAUAAAAACAAAUCCUCACAAUUGAAAAGCUGGAAUCAGAGAAUGUCUGGCUUUUGUGCUUGGAAUAAUAAUUUAAGUGGAUUUAUUUUCAGAUUUUUUGAUGGACUAAUAGAUCAAUCAACUAAUUAAUUGUUUCAGUUGUAAUUUUAUUUGUUGUCAACAACUGAUCAAAACUGAAUUGAUCCUACUUACAAGUAUAGUCAAGUGUGGCCAAAGCCUGAUACAGUAUAUCUUAUUCCUCUGUGCCAUCGAGCUCCAAAAACUAUUAAAAAUACAACACAAUGAUUAACAUUGGCACUGAGAUUUAUUUCCAGUCCCGCAUACACCGUCCUGCUGCCAUAAAUACUCACUAGAUUACCAAAUCUGUAACUGAAGAUAGUCCCCAAUGAAUGCUCCAUUUACUCCGAUUUGAGUAAUGAUUCUAAAAACUACUGAGCCCAGCUGACCGGAAGUUACUUUUAUUUUAAGACCUGAAAGUUAAUAUUUGUUAUUAAAUAUUUACGUCCUCAGUAGGAACCAAUUGGCUUGAGUCUGAGUGCCACAGACAGAGUAGGAGAGUAGUGAAGUUUUAAAAUAUGGAUUAAAACAUUGUUGGUUUUGGUCUUUUCCUGGGAUUCAUUGACAAUUAGGAUAAUAUAGAUUAAUACUUGCCUUAUCCUGUAAUGGGGAGUUUUGGGAAACGUAGUUCCAUGUAUAUCAUAGCAGUAUUUUUAAAGAAUAUUAAUUUACAAUGUUAAUGUUAAGUGUUUUCUAGCAUUGAUAUGUGUAUUUCAUGACAUGUCCAAUACACAUUUACAAGCUCUACAAUGCAGGGAACACUGUGGGUUUUGGUGAAAUAAAAACCAGGAUCUGUGUAUUCCAUUUUCAUUAUUUAUUUGUCAUUGAUGGCAACUGAAUAAAUUAAGGCUUAUGAACAAACAUCAUAAAAAGCACCAUAAAUAAAUGCAUAUAUAGAAAUAUAAAAAAUAAAAAAUAAAAAAUAAAAAAAUACUAUAGUGAAAUAUAAUGGCCACAAAUCACAACUAGGAUUUCUCUCGACUUGAACUCUUUGUGUGUGUUCAAAGAAGUACAGAUCAAACCCCUCAGGUCGCAUGAUUUCAGUCAGAAGAAGAAGCAGUGGAGUCGUAACGGGGCUCGCAGUAAUCAGAAAGCGUUCACAAUGAUUGGCUGGUUAUCAAGAUUCUUGAUCUGCUGUUUGUCAAUUAACAAAAUAAGUGAAUGUCUGAGGAUCAAAAAGUCAACAUAAAUAACAAUGAAGCUAAUUUUAAAUUAACAGGAAAUAGUACAUUACAUUUGUGUGUCCUCUUGCUUCCUUCAAAACCUCGAAAAAUUCAGAUAUAUAUUUUUAAUCUUCACUUUUGUGCCAUUUACACCACUGCUGCUCAUGCACUAACAGUAUGAAACCAAAUACCCUCCCUGUUUACCCUUAAUGCAUAUGUCUUCUUUCCAAAAUCUAAACGGCUAUACUGCACUCUCCAUAUCAAACAUGAACACAGUGAACUACAGCUUCUACACCUCUACUUUCUUCAUGGAAAUCAGAUUUAUUAUCAGACGUGACACAGCAAGGAGAUGCCGCUAUUAAAGGAGCAUUGAUCGUCGUCUUUGGUUCAACAUUUCCUGCUAAUCACCACCUGCAGAGACGAGUUUGUGCAGCAGGAGAAAACAGGGAGCAUCCUAACUGAAAAUGAAUAAAUCUCCUUCAUUAUCCGAGCCUUAAGCUGUACAGUUAGACAGAAAGAAACGCUGUACUGUGAGUCCUCACUGCAAGAAAUGUCUGUGUAACCAGCCAUAAAACCAAAAGCAGCUUACAGCUCCGGCCAGCACCUCACAUGAUGAGUUAAACCUAAAGAGCGCACGGUUCAGGAGCAGAAUUAUAACAUGUUUAACCCUGGAGGUCUGACUAGGAAAAAAAAGGCUCCCAUCAGGGGUGAACAGAGAAAAGUACACGGCAUCAACAAACAACGAGACAGCUUUUUCUUUUUCCUCGUCAUCCUCCUUUAAAGCCUUCAGAUGAGUCAGCUUUUCCUCGCCCUGUUCCUUUCAUUUAACCUUGCGCUCAUUAAAAAUUCAGCACGGUAAAAUAAACGAGACAAUGUAUAAUUAAAAAUAUCUAUCUGUAAAAACAAUCUUGCAUCUGUCAGGAGGAGUCGACGACAAACACAGCAGUAAAAUCCAGUGAUUCUUCUUUUCUUUGCUCAGUAUUGCUGAGAGACCAUCUCCAACGUACAGUGCAGGUGCUUCAAAGGUUACAAUUAGCGAGAGAACAUUUAGUAAAUCUGGUGUGGUUUUAGAUGUUCGGUAGUGAUCAUAAAUUCUGCCUCCGGGCAGUGUCCAUCCAUCACGAAACACUUACACAAUAAGAAAGUACCCAUGCAAUGAAAUAUACACCCUAAACCUAAUGUAACACUAUUGUGCCGUAGAUGCAGAAUUUACAAUUUUACUACCAGCUCAGCCAAAGUGUAACUUUUCAAACACCCAAGUUUUGUUAACAUCUGAACUCCUGCUCAGCAACAAAGAGAGUGACAGUGGACCAGUGUGUGCUGUGUGAUCCGUGGUGCUCUAAAUAAACUGACUCUGAACGUGUCUCUGUGUUUUAUUGUGUAUACGGUGUACAGUUAGUUAAAGGAGCAGUUCGACAUUUUUGAGAGAUGCACUUAUUCACAUUCUUGCCGAGAGUUAGAUGAGAAGAUUGAUACCACUCAUGUCUUUCUGUUAAAUUUGAUGCAGCAGCUUGUUAGAUUAGCUUAGCAUAAAGACUGGAAAGCCCCGUUUUGUGCAUAUCGUGUAGUACCAUUACAUUCGAAUCACUAAGCAUCUACUUUUCUUGAAAAUGUACAAUGGUUAUCUUUUAGAGGUUUCUUUGAACUUGGUCACCCCUCUCACAAAAGGCCCUUCUGUCUCUGAUUGCUCACUUUGGCCAAGCAACCAGCUCCAUGAAGUGUUUCUAACAGGAUUAUGGAGGCCACUGGGCUCUAGGGAACCUUCAAUGCAGCAGAAAUGUUUUUUUAGCCUUACCCAGUGUGCUUCACACAACCCUGUCUCUGAGCUCUGCAGGCAGUUCCUUCCACCUCAUGUCUUAGUUUCUUUUCCAGCUGUGAGACCUUCUAUAGACAGGUCAGGUGUGUCCCUUUCCAAUCAUGUCCAAUCAGUUGAAUUUAGCACAGGUGGACUCCAAUCAAGGUGUAAAAACUUCUCAAAGAUGAUCAAUAGAAAUGGGAAGCACCUGAGCUACAGUAAAUGAAGUGUCAAAGGAAAGAGUUUGAAUGUGAUGUCAAUGUGAUAUUUCAGUUUUUCUUUUUAAUAAAUUUGCAAACACUU